GUCUAUCACGUGAUACAUUUAAAUCUCUAUCAGCUGGAGGAUUGUGUAACGCGUUAAGAUGGCGGAUCAAAAAAAUGUCGUUUUGGGCAGUGUUUGUGCGGUAUCGUUAGGUAACGGAGUUGGAGAACCUGUUACAAAGAAGCCGAGGAGAAAAGGUUCAGAAAAUUGUCCCGAUUCUGAACUAACAACUGCAGAGAAACGUGAGAUUGAUGAGAAUGGUCUUUCUACUAAUACAGGGCAUCAAGGGGAGGAGCAGAAGGGUCAGGCCCAAGCUACGGUAGUGUUGUCGGCGGCAGCAGCAGCAGAAGCAGACAAUGGGGCUGGGAAUUCCGGCCUUAUUCCAGAAGUGGUAGUUGACUCGCAACCGCAGUUGCAUACGGAACACAAUGUCAUGGUUGGAGAUGCAGCUGCACAGGAACCAGUGUUCUUGAACAGUGAGCUUUUUCCUAAUGGAUUUCAUUCUUGUGAAAGUGAUGAUGAAGAUAGAGCAUCACAUGCAAGUUCUAGUGACUGGACUCCAAGACCUGAAAUAGGUCCUUACAGUUUUGUUCAGCAUCAUCUAUUGAUGGGUACAGAUCCCCGAGCCAUUUUGAAAGAUCUAUUGCCAAGAACUAUUCCUCCACCAGAUAUUGAUGAUAUGACUCUCUGGCAGAUAAUUAUCAACAUUCUAUCAGAACCACCAAAAAGAAAAAAACGCAAGGACAUUAAUCGCAUUGAGGAUGUUGUAAGACUGUUACAGUCAUGCAAAAAAAUAAUUGUCUUGACUGGAGCUGGGGUUUCUGUUUCUUGUGGAAUACCAGACUUCAGAUCCAGAGAUGGUAUCUAUGCACGCCUUUCAGAGAGCUUCCCUGAUCUUCCAGAUCCACAGGCAAUGUUUGAUAUUGACUACUUCAAACGAGAUCCAAGACCAUUUUUCAAGUUUGCAAAGGAGAUUUACCCUGGUCAGUUUCAACCAUCUCCAUGUCAUAAGUUCAUUGCUAUGUUGGACAAGCAAGGGAAGUUGCUUCGAAACUACACUCAGAACAUAGAUACUCUUGAACAAGUUGCAGGUAUCCAGAGAAUUAUACAGUGUCAUGGAUCCUUUGCAACAGCUUCUUGUUUAGUUUGUAAAUAUAAAGUCGAUUGUGAAGCAGUUAGAGAAGACAUUUUUAAUCAGGUUAUUCCUCGUUGCUGCAAAUGUCCAGCAGGCAUUCCACUUGCCAUCAUGAAGCCGGAUAUUGUGUUUUUUGGAGAAAAUUUGCCUGAACAGUUUCACAGGAGUAUGAAGAAUGACAAAGAUGAAGUUGACCUCCUUAUUGUGAUUGGUUCUUCUCUGAAAGUGAGACCAGUGGCACUGAUUCCAAGCUCAAUUCCUCACGAAGUGCCUCAGAUCUUAAUCAACAGAGAGCCUCUUCCUCACCUAAACUUUGAUGUUGAGCUUCUUGGAGACUGUGAUGUCAUCAUUAAUGAAUUAUCCCAUUGUUUAGGUGGUGAAUAUAAGCAACUGUGCUUCAGUCCAAUAAAGCUUUCAGAGAUAACAGAGAAACCUCCUCGACCAAAAAGAGAGUCCACUGACUUGCCACCAACACCUCUUCUUAUUUCUGAAGAUUCGAGUUCAGAUUGUUCUCCUAAUCAGGUAUUUCUAAAAUGCAAUAAAUUAUCGGAAGGUUCAUCUGAAUUUAAAAUAGACGGUCAUAGUUCUACCUCCAAGAGUAAGUUGAUUUGUGAGGACAUCAAAGUGGAGGCUGCUGCUGAGCAAACUGAAAAAGUUUCAGCAAGCUUACAAACUAAUGAUCCUGUAAAGAAGUUUGUUUCCCAUAAUGAUGAUAUCCGAAACAAAGAUGAAAGAAAUUCAGAUGCAGAGAUUCUUAAAAAGUGUUGGGCUAGCAGAUUUUCAAAAGACCAGAUCAGUAAGCGACUUAAUGAUUCACAGUACUUAUUUCUUGCACCUCAUCGAUAUAUUUUCCUUGGUGCUGAGGUAUACUCUGAUUCAGAAGAGGAGGAGGAUAGUUUGAGCUCUAGUUCUUGUGGAAGCCACUGUGAUAGUGAAUCCUGCCAUAGCCCUAGUGCUUGUGAUCUAGAAGAGGACAGCAGCGAAUUAGAAGAACUGAGCAGAAGAGCAGGAGGUGAUGUGAGCAGUCCUGCAGGACAAGAGAAAACAUGUUUGGCAAACGAUGGUGACAAAACAGAAAGUGGUUCCCUACUGCCAGAACUGUUACGUAAAGAUCCUGGAGGCUCUUGAGUAUAUAAAGUACUGAAUUAAUGGGAAACUUAAUUGUAAUUCCUUAUCCACCAGCAUUACCAUCUUCAAUGGUUGAAUGAAUGGUACAGCAUUUAAACACAGAACGUCUAGGAAAAAGUGUGGAUUCCAAGGACUGUGAUUCAGAACACAGAUAUUUGUUCCAAGUUUGCUUAAACUUUGUGCUAAAAAUUCAAACUUUAAUUAUGCACUCAACACUAGUUUUUUUUUUUUUUUCCAAUAACAUAAUAGGUUACAAUUGCAGUUAUUUAAUACGUCUGAAUGCACUGCCUCUUCUGUUGCAGAUAACUUUCUAAGCCUUGUGAGAUGUGUUACCAGUAGCAACAAGCCAUUUAAUUGCUGAAAGGAAUUAAAGGGAACAGCUACUACAGACCAAAGACUAGUGGGAUUUUUUCACUCAUUUCUUUUAAUAACCAGUUUUAGCUUGCUAGAUUUUUUUUCUUGUACAUUGUCUCACAUAUACACUGGCAUUUUCAUUCUGGCAGCUAUUUUUUAAAACAUUCUUUGAAAACAUACACUAUAUGAGAGCAACAAGACAACUGAAAGGCUUAGUAGCUGUAGCAAUUUGGAUUGCAGUGUGUAUGUGUAUACUGUGUACACACAUUAAGGCACACAUAUAGACUGUAUACUUAACUGAUUCUUACUGGAAUUUAUGCCGUUGCCAAUCUCUGCACUUAAUUUCCUUGUCUUUUAAAUAUAUAUGGUCUCCCUGUGGAAACUCAUUAUCCAGACUGAUUUUCAUGUUUUUAAUGGUAGAAUAUUCUGACAGGUAUUUUUACCAGUUUGUUUUGUAAACUGAUGUCUGCUUUUUGACCCUUUGUGUUUUGAAGACUGCUAGAUGGCCCAACACAUACAAAAUACCUGUCACUGUGGUAAAAUGUAUGUACAAAACAAUUACUGUAGUAAUUUCAAGAACAAUGCAACACUCCUUUCUACAAUAAAAUGUAAAGGACUUUGAAA